AUGAAGCCCUUGCUCAACACCCAUAAGAAGCCCUCGAUCGGCACCCUUAAGAAGCCCUCGCUCGGCACCCACAAGAAGCCCUCAAGUGGCACCCUUAAGAAGCCCUCGCUUGCGAUUGGCACCCUCAAGAAGCCCUCGCUCGGCACCCACAAGAAGCCCUUAAGUGGCACCCUUAAGAAGCCCUCGCUUGCAAUUGGCACCCUUAAGAAGCCCUCGCUUGCGAUUGGCACCCUUAAGAAGCCCUCGCUCGGCACCCACAAGAAGCCCUCAAGUGGCACCCUCAAGAAGCCCUCGCUUGGCACCCUCAAGAAGCCCUCGCUUGCAAUUAACACCCUUAAGAAGCCCUCGCUUGGCACCCUCAAGAAGCCCUUGCUUAGCACCCUUAAGAAGCCCUUGCUUGGCACCCUUAAGAAGCCCUCGUUUGCAAUUAACGCCCCUUAG